AUGGUAAGAGUGAUUUUUAAAGACGCCAAUCUACGCCGGUUCAUUUUGGAUGUAGCCCAAACAGAUUCUGUUGAGGCGAUAAAACUCACAAUUUCAUCUACUAUCAAUAUCCCUCCUCACAAACAAAGAUUGGUAUACCAGGGAAGGGAGUUGUUGGACCAAGAGUUGGUAUCCGAUUGUUUGAGCGAAGAUUCGGUCGUAUAUGUUUUGACGCAUAAUAAUACACGAGAAUUAUCAGCUACUAACCCAAUUGAUGCACUAAUUGGCGAUAACAACCUCAUUAAAAUGACCCUAGAGUCUAACUCAUACUUGAAAAAUAUAUGUCAGGAUAAUCCAGAAAUAGGACGUGCCGUAAAUGAUUUAAUAUCAGAUCCACAGACGUUGAUUCAGGCGGCAAAGGCAGCAGCAAACCCUGCGGUGGCUAGGGAGCUGGCCAGGACGACCGAUAGGGCAGUGCAAAAUGUCGAGGCCAUCCCCGGAGGGUUUCAGGCCUUAUACAACCUGCAUAACAAAUUACAAGACCCUUUGUGGAACGCAGCAUCGUCCGUCUUCAACGAUGAAUCGCCUGUUAAAGCAAAGAUAUACAGCGACGACCGAUUGGCGCCUUUGGAAGCUCAACCGUUGCCAAACCCGUGGAAGCAGUCCACAGGCGUUGGGUUCGAGGCUCCUUCACAUGUCCCCCGUCUACCUCAUGGCCAACCAUCUACCCCAAAUCAGGCCACGCCAAUAUUACCACUUUUAAACUACACGGAUGGAUUUUACAGACAACAGGCAGAUUUGCUGGUGCAGAUGGGAUUCACCGACCAUGCCAAGUGCUUGGCGGCAAUAGAGCAGGCGCAUGGCGAUAUUUCCAUGGCCAUUGACAUCCUAACCCAGCCCGACCCAAACCCACCGCAUUAA